AUUCGCGCAGCCGAGCGCUUGGUCAUGGCGAGCAACGGGAUGAUGUGCGGGAUCAUCCCCAAACAGGGCGAGCCCGUGGAUUUGGUCUCGCCGAUCACGACGUACAUAAGCGGCACGUUCUCGCCGCAAGAAGCGGAAGACGCUCAGGCGGAUCUUACCACGUUGUCCGACCUGCGUCGAUCCGUCGUCUCGAACGACGAAACGAGCCACGAGCGAAGACGAGAAACGCUUUUGUCGUACUACCGCGCCCUGAGCGUCGUCGAGUCGAGGUUCCCGAUCAGCGGUCAGGACGGGCACGUGUUCAUCCCGUUCUCGUGGUGCGACGGGUUUAAGCCGAACAAGACCGCGACGCUCGCUAACGUGCACUUCGAGAAAGCCGCGGUGCUCUUCAACCUCGGCGCGUCGUGGAGCCAAGCCGGGGUCACCGCGGACAGGACCACGUCCGAGGGGAUCAAAGUCGCGUGCCACGCAUUUCAGCACGCCGCGGGGGCGUUCGCGACGCUGAAGGACGACGUCCUCGGUAAACUCGGCGCGUUCGCGUCCGGCGCGAUAGACAGCGUCACCCCUGAUCUGACGCAAGAGUGCGUCGGGAUGUUGACGUCGCUUCACCUCGCGCAGGCACAAGAGUGCUUCUACGAUAAAGCCGCGGGAGACGGUAAGAGCUCCGCGGUGUGCGUUAAGCUGGCGAAUCAGACGAGGUUAUUUUACGAAGACGCGAGGAACGCCCUCGACGCGGCGCCGUUGAAGGGCCACAUUGAUAAAACUUGGCACGCUCACGCCGCGGCGAAGGCGGCUAUUUUCCACGUCGAGGCGCUGACUCGCGCGUCGAAGAUCGCCGAGGAGGAGGACGAGGACAUCGGCACCGCGAUUGCGCGCCUCAUGAUCGCGUCACGGGUAACUGCCGAGGGCGUCAAGGUGGUGAAGAGCGUAAACGGCGACGGGCCGUCGUCGAAGGCGCUCUUCGAGUUGCAAGUGACUGUCGACGAGAGUUUGCGGCGGGCGAAUCGAGAUAACGAGUGCGUAUACAUGGUGAAAGUCCCCUCUCCGGAUACAUUGCCACCACUCGGUGCGGCCGCGGUCGUCAAGGCGGUGAAGCCCGCGCCGGAGACGCUGAGCGCAUCGUCCGAGACGAUGUUUGCGACCAUUGUCCCCGAGUCCGGAUUCAAGGCGCUUAGUAAGUACACGGAGAUGGUGGAUUCGAUCAUUCGCGAGGAGAACGACGUGUUAGUCGCCGCGAGCGACGAGGCGAGGAUGGCUCUGAAAGAAAUGGAGAUGCCUGAUCUGCUCAUCGCUGCGGUCGCGGGGGCGAGCGAUACCGGAGGGGAUCCGGCCGGCGCGUCUGGCGCCGGGUUGCCGCCGCCGCUUGACGAGGAGGUCGGGUCUAUUCAACGCGGGGGUGGCGUAGCAGCACUGAUCGGCGGCCUGCCUCGGCUGCUCGACAUCAACGAGGCGUGCACGCAGCAGCUCGCCGCGGCGACGCGGAUGCUCGAGGCGGAGUCUACGGAGGAUGAAUCCUGCCGUAUGAUGUACGGCCCGCAAGCCUGGACGCGACCGAACAGCGCAGAUCUCAACGCGAAUUUGUACGAGAAGAUUCGCACGUACACAGAUAACCUCGAGCAGGCGGCUAGAAGCGACGAAUCCAUGAGGCGCCGAAUCGAAGACGCGAUGGAUGGCGUUCUCGCGUUGCUCGAUCCAACCGCCCUCGUGAACGACACCCCGAAGCUCCGCGCCCCGAUGUUGUCUACCGCGGAGGAUUCCAGCAUCGUGCCAGAGUUACAAAGCGCUCUUGGGGAGUUAGAGGCAUUGGGAACCGAACGCGCUAAAAUCGAGGACACGAUGAAAGCGCUCAAGGAGAACGACAACAUCAUGAGCAAGGUGAUGGCGCAGACGGACGCGUACGACGAAUUGUUCGAACGUGAGCUCGUGAAGUACGAUGCGCCUCGGUCUGCGGUCGCGGCAAAUGUUUCAUCCCAAUCAGAUAUCUUAUCACGUGUGAGGUCGCUUCACGGAAAAUUGCUGCAGACGUACGACGUCACGGAGUGGCGCGCGGCGACGCGAUCGCACGCGGAGGCAGUCAGGGAAGCUGCGGCGCACUACCGUCUGUUAGCCUCGGGUAUGGAGCAAGGUUUGACGUUUUACUCUGGCUUCACCGAGGCGGUGAGGCAACUGGGAUCGGACUGCGAGGCGUUUGUGGAGGGGAGACGGAAGGAAAAAGGGGAACUCGAACAAGCAGUGGCGCGUCGCGCACAACAGGCGGCAAUGGCCGCCGAGCACGCAGUUGCGAGCGCGGCGGCGGCUUCGCGUGCAGCUGCGGAUCAAGCCGCGGCUCAAAGAGCAAUGUCCGAGGCUCAGGCGAUGGUGGACGCGCAGAGGGCAUCUGCGGCGCAGAUGCAGCGACACCACUAUUCCGAGCACGCGGCGUGGCACGCGUCCGCGGCGGCGGCGACGGCGGCGCAGAUGCAGAACAUGUCCGUCACCGGAGCGCCGCCGCCGGGACCCGGGUCCACCGGUCAAGGCUAUCCCGCUGGCGUUGGUCCGUAUCCUCAGGCGGCGGCGGUGCAUCUGACGUACCAGACGACGUCCCCGUCGGCGCCGUUCGCUCCUCCGCCGUCGCAGCAUCCAGUGCCACCUCAGCAGCAGCAUCACCAAUACAGCAGCGGUCUAGAGUAUCAGCAGCAAUAUGGAUUUCCCGCGAACCAGCAAGGCGGCAGGCCGCCGCCUCCGCCGCCGCCGCCGCGGCAGUACUAGUUCGGCUGCACUCUCGAGUACCUACAUUAGCGCGCGACGAUUUCGUAACGAAAAAACUAGGAGCUAACACA